AUGGUGUUGCGACGAACACCAAUGGCGGUGACGUUUCCGGUCUACGCGCUGCUAUUCUUACUCUACCUGUCUGACCGCUACUACACAUGCACCGCCGAGAACAUCGAGCUCAAGGAUUACAAGUUUGGCAAUCAGUUCAGUCUGCAGAUCACAAAUAAUAAGCGGAGGAGCUUAACUCAGAUGCCCCCAACUGAACAAUAUGUCAACCAGAGUUCACCAGUCGCCCUACAAGGUCAACAACACAAAUUACAUUGCUUCUUUUCCGGAUAUCCUGCUCCAAAACCGAGAUGGUUUCAUAACGGAAAAGAAAUCAGCGAAGAUAAUGAUGCGAACGGAUUCCGUUUCGAAUCAUACGGAAAAACGCUGGUUUUCAAUGUGACACAGGAUAAAGCUGGAAAGUAUGAUUGCCGAUUUGCGACACAAAAUGAUAUUGAUCGAACGUUCAAUGUUGUUGUCGAAGCUGCUCCUUAUUGGCCCGAUGGUCCACCACCGAACACGAACACUAGUGAGGGAGAGACUGUGACAUUCGACUGUACAACUUACGGAAAACCGACGCCUCGCGUCACCUUCUACAAAAAUGGAGUUGAGAUGAAAAACGACAAAGAUGAAUGGUUGAUCGAAGGCACGAAACUCACGAUUUACGACGUGAAAAAAGGCAUUCAUGGACGUGGAGACAACGCUGUCUAUCAAUGCAAAUCGGAGAACAAACAUGGGUAUUUAUGGGCCAAUUUCUAUUUGAAUUUGUUGGCAUUCAAGCCGCAGCUUCUUGUCGAGCCAGGAAUGGACGAGGUCGAGGCAGUUGCUGGUAAAAAGGUAACACUCGAAUGCAAGUUUUUCGCAAGUCCCAAUGCCGCCGUCACCUGGGAAUCACCGAUUCUUGCCGGAUUACCACACACACAAGUUCCAGCGAAUCACUACGGAGUUGGAAAACUUGUGAUUGAUAAUGUGAAACCCGAAGCUGAAGGCGAAUACACUUGUGUCGGAACCAACAAAUAUGGACAGGCUACUGGGCUUAUCAAACUUCUCAUCAGAAAACCGACAAUCAUUGAACCAUUCGCGAGGUCGGAAGAAAUCCGAAUGGCCGGUGAGGAAAUGCGAUUGCCUUGUGAUGCGACCGCUGAUGAUCAACUCGAGGUGAAAUACGAAUGGUUGGUUGAUGGAAAACCAUUGCCGGAAGACAAUAUCGCGUCUGGGCAUUACAAGAUUGAUGACGAUCAUUCGCUUGUAAUUUCCAAUCCGACACAAUACGAUAGUGCCAAAUACAAAUGCGUUGUUAGCACGAAGCUCGACAAGGUUGAGAAGGAAGUCAAGAUCCAAAUCAAAGAUGUUCCUGUUCCGGUCAACUCUGCCUAUGUGAGCAAAUGUGAUCCAAACUCGCUUUCUGCUGAAAUCUCUUUUGAACACAUGGAAGCUGCGAACAUUAUCUCGCCGGUUAAAGAAUUCUGGGUGCAAUAUCAAAUCGAUUCGGAGACGGAAGGAGCUCAAUGGCGCACUCACCCGGGUGCGGUCGAUGCUCACCCGAAUGAUCAAAUCGAAGGAGAGUUUAGAACGGUCCGAGGAAAGACAACGGUUGCGUUACAACCAUUUGGAAAGUACGUUUUUCGUGUUAUUGCUCGAAAUGCCGUUGGAGACAGUGCUGCGACGAAUGCUAAAGAUCAAUGCAACACUCCGGCGAAACAACCCGACAGUAAUCCGACAAAUGUUGCCGCAAAAGGAACAAGCCCUGAAAAUCUGAUUGUUGAAUGGCAGCCAAUGCCAAGAGAGCAAUGGAAUGGCGCCGAUUUCCACUACGUCGUCAAAUAUCGUCCGAAAGAAGACGGCCAAGGAGUUGGAGAGUGGAAAGAGGUUCAAGUCGCAGAUCCGUUCGCUGAUCGUGUUACAGUGAAUCUCGAUGACGAUAAAGAUGUGAAGCCAUUCCAGCCAUACGAAGUUCAGGUUUGGGCGGUUAACAGCGAAGGGAAAGCGAACACGGUACCGGAAACUGCGGAAGGACGUACAGGAGAAGGAGUACCGAGCAGUGUGCCAUCAGGAUUGCGAGUUCUUGAGAAAUCUGGGACUACAGUGACUCUCGCUUGGAAUCCGAUUGAUCCGGCUACGGCUAACGGCAACUUCACUGGAUACAAAAUCACAUAUUGGGUGGAGAACGAAGAAGAUGAGGCAGAGGAGGAAGCCGAUGCUGAAGAAGAGAUUCAACGUUUCCGAUUCAAGCACCAAGUUCGCAGACGCCGGUCGCCUGGAGAAAGAAAGACUGCCAUUUUUGGGCCAAAUGCGAGUCAAGGAACCAUCACCGAACUCAGGCCGGCAACUCUUAACCGCGCCUUCAUUCAAGUGACAAAUGGAGCCCACGAAGGAGCGCCUAGUGAGACGAUUGAAUUUGAAACUGACGAAGGAGUUCCAUCACCAGUUCGAGCUCUUCGCGCCUAUCCGAUGAAUUCGAAGACGCCAAACGAGAAAGGAGUUGUUGUUUUGGUUUGGAAGAAGCCACGACAAGCAAACGGAAAGCUAACGAGAUAUGAGGUUGAAUAUUGUAAACUUCAAAACGGAAAAGUUGUCGAGAAAACGUGCCCGCGCAAACAAAUUGAAGCCGAUGCCAAAGAAAUUCGUAUAACUGGACUGGAAAAUGAGACCCCCUACCGUUUUGUGUUGCGCGCACAAACAUCGGCCGGAGAAGGAGAUCCGAACUCGUCUGAUGCGACCACGUUGCCUGAAGUUACCGCAGCUGGAGUUGAUCCUGGAGUGCCGACUAUCGUAGAUCAAGAGAUUGGCGAUAAACACUUUAAUGUGUCUUUCCGUCCCGCCGAGUAUGAUGAGGAGACUCGUGGUCCAGUUGGAAACACAUUUGAAGUUGAAUACAAGGAGAAGAAUUCGGAUGAGUGGAAAACUGUCAAAGCUAAAGACGACGGAAGCUUGAUGGUCCACGUUGAUGAGCUCACGCCAGGAACGAGAUAUGACGUUCGUGUUGCGGCUCUUCAGAAAGAUCCGAGUGGUGAUGAGGUCGGAAAGACGUACUCGAGCAUCAAUCACAUCACGACGAAGGGCACUUCGCCGAGAAGCAUCCGAUUCUGGCUUUUGAUUCUGAUUUUGUUGAUCAUCCUUCUCCUUCUUCUCAUUUGCUGCAUAAUUUGUGUCGCAUUGAGACAUCGCGGUGAGAACUAUCCGGUAUCGCAGAGAGAACGCGAACAAGGCAGAGAGCCGAUCUUAGGACGAGGAAGCGAUAAACACGAUGACGAUGAAAAACGGUCGUUGACUGGAUCAAAGGCCGAAUCUGAGACUGACAGCAUGGCCCAGUAUGGUGAUACUGAUGCGGGUGUUUUCACCGAAGACGGCUCAUUCAUCGGCCAAUAUGUACCGCAGAAGAGCCUGAUGCCUGCUGAAAGACCUGAAAAGGGCUCAACAUCAACAUUUGUCUAG